CCGGGAGGAGGCGGCGGCGGCGGCGGCGGCGGCGGGACUGUGUGAGGACACGCAGGGCUCACAGCGGGCGGCCAGCCAGCCAGCAGGACCCCCAGCAUCACCCCACACUUCAGCCGAUUAUAUUAAAGAAGGCCUGAGGUGUGUCUGCAAGCACCAAAGGUGGCAACUUUGGAGUAAAACACUGCAGAAAAGAUGAGAGCUAAGACAAAGCAGAUUAAAGUAUGUUAGACUGUGUAAGAUUGAACUUUGUUGAAUACAUUUGACAGUAGAAAGAAAAGUAAGCUUUUCUUUCUACUAAGAAAAGUGCUCAAACUGAGAAAUCAGUUAGAAAUUAUAUAAAAGUUUUUUUUUGUUUUGGCCUGAUACAUUUUUGAAAGAAUAAUAAUAAUAAGAAGAAGAAGAAUAAGAAGAGUCAUUUCCAGCCAUGUAACGUACAGCAUGAGAAAAUGAUGAGAAAGAAAGUGUUAAAGAAGUUUAAAAUUGGGAUUUACAAGUAAAAAAAGUGGGUCCUUCUCUACUUUAUUAUUAUUAAUAAUAUUAACACAUUAUAAUCCAAGAAAACUCAACUAGAUCAAGAGUUAAAUCUUGAUAUCCUCUUUCCUGGAAGUACAAAGAGACUGGACAAUAAGUCUUAACAUUAAUAACUCAAUAAUAAGCCUAGGGCUUUACAGAUUAAUCCCAUAAUGUAUGGUAGUGCGCGAUCAGUUGGCCAAGCUGAGGCCAGCUCGUCCAGAUCCCCACACCUCCCUCGUUCCCCUAGAAUGGGCCAGAGGAGGGUCAGCGCCGGCAGCAGAGGCAGCAAGUCUGGUGGAGGAAAAACACUUUCAAUGGAGAAUAUCCAGUCCCUCAACGCUGCCUAUGCAGCCUCUGGACCCGUCUACUUAAGCGACCACGAGGCGCUGGCCUCUUCCUCCUACCCGAAAAGCACCAUGACCUUGGGGCGAGCCACAAGCCGGACAGCCUACGGCGGCAGGGCCUCUGCGAUCGGCAGCAGCCCCAACAUCAGCUCCUCCUUGGGGCACCUUCACUCAGACUCAAUGGGGUACAGCGAUCACGGAACCAUGCACCUCCACUCACUGCAGCACCAGGGACCCUCUUCUCCACUGCUGAGGCAGGCCGUGCGGGGCGUGGCAAGAGGAGAGGGGGGUCCCCUGAUGGAGCAGUUGAGGGAGUUGCAAAGGGAGAACGACUUGCUCAGGAGAGAGCUUGGUGUGAAGGACAGUAAGCUGGGCUCUUCGGUCAACAGCAUCAAGAGCUUCUGGAGUCCUGAACUGAAAAAGGAACGAGGGAUGAGGAAAGAGGAGUUGGCGAAGACGUCCGUUCUGAAGGAGCAGAUGCGAGUGCUGGAUGACGAGAACCAGUUUUCGGAUUCUGAAAGACCUCAGCACCUUCAGAUUACCAUCCAGGCUUUACAGGAGGAGCUCCGAACCCAGAGGGAUUUAAAUCAGCUCCUGCAGCAGGAAAACCGCGGAGGCCUGUCUGACGCUGCGUCCGACCGAUUUCCUGUCCUGGAGCUCACAGAGGACAACUUCCAUCAUUUACAGACUGAGCAUGAGCGGCAGGCCAAGGAGCUCUUCCUCCUCCGGAAGACUCUUGAGGAGAUGGAGCUCCGCAUCGAGACCCAGAAGCAGACACUGGGUUCACGGGAUGAGUCUAUCAAAAAGCUGCUGGAUAUGCUUCAGAACAAGGGUCUCCCGAGGUCAGGGCUGCCUGACGAAGAGGGUUUGAGGGUCAGACGCGAGACUGAGGAACAGCUGGGCCAUUUGGAGAUCAUUCUGGAGCAGAAAGAGAAUGAGAACAUGCAUCUGAGAGAGGAGCUGCACCGGAGGAAUCAACAGACAGAUCCUGCCAAGACCAAGGCCUUGCAGACGGUCAUUGACUUGAAGAACACAUCACCUCCAUUCUGUUUCGAUCCUGAUGUUAUUUGGCAGGACACGAAAAUUGCCUCGCUGGAGCGGAACAUUCGCGACCUGGAGGACGAGAUCCAGAUGCUGAAGACCAAUGGCCUGCUGAACACGGACGACAGAGACGAGGAGCUCAAGCAGAUGGAAGUCUACAAAAGCCACUCCAAGUUUAUGAAGAACAAGAUUGAUCAGCUCAAACAGGAGUUAUCGAAAAAGGAGUCUGAAAUGUUGGCGCUGCAGACCAAACUGGAGACUUUGACUAAUCAGAACUCUGACUGCAAGCAGCACAUCGAAGUCCUGAAGGAAUCCCUGACGGCGAAGGAGCAAAGAGCCAAUAUCCUGCAGACUGAGGUUGACGCCCUACGGCUUCGUCUGGAGGAGAAGGAAUCCUUCCUGAAUAAGAAGACCAAGCAGUUGCAGGAUGUAACAGAUGAGAAGGGAACGCUGAGUGGAGAAAUACAGGACCUUAAGGACAUGUUGGAUGUCAAAGAGCGCAAGGUCACCGUCCUGCAGAAGAAGAUUGAAAACCUGCUGGAGCAGUUGAAGGAUAAGGAUAAACAGCUCGGAAGUUUGAGGGACAGGGUGAAGUCUCUGCAGACUGACUCCAGCAACACGGACACAGCCCUUGCCACUCUUGAGGAGGCCCUCUCUGAGAAGGAAAGAGUGAUAGAGCAUCUGAAGGAGCAGAAGGAGAGGGAAGAGCGAGAGAAGCAGGAGGAAAUGGAGGCCUAUAAGAAGGAGAAUAAGGAGUUGAAGGACAAAAUCGCCUCCUUCCAGUCUCAGCUCUUAGACAAAGAGUCGUCUUUACUGGAACUCAAAGAGCAAGUAUCGUCUCUGGCCUCCUCGGGCCUGCAGAAGGACUCGCGGCUGCGGGCUCUGGAGAGCAACGUGGAGCAGCGGGCAGAGGAGUGCAGCCGGCUGGAGAGCCAGCUGCAGAAGAACCCACUGCAGGGGAAAUCAGCGGCCCUUGAAGCUGAAGAAGCAGCGCGGAGGAACCCGGAGCUCUCUGAGCUUUUGAAAGCUCUAGAAAAUGAAGUGGCCUUCCAUAAAGAGGAGUCAGGGAAGUCUAAGGCAGAAGUGGACAGACUUCUCACUAUUCUUAGAGAUGUGGAAUCGGAACGCAUGGAAACAGACAAGAAAAUGUCUGAUAUGGAGAGGCAAGGGAAGGAGCAAAAUAAGAAACUGCCAGGUGUAAAACCCACCCAACUGGGAGAGAUGAGACCGUCUGAUGCUCCUCCACAGUUGGAGGAGCUGAUGGCAGCCUUGGAGAAAACGAGACAAGAGCUGGACGUCACGAAGCAACGGCUGUCCACCACGCAGAGCUCGCUUUCUGAGAGGGAAAAUAACCUGUCCAGCUUGAGACAAGAACGACGAAAACAAAUGGAGGAGAUUCUAGAAAUGAAGCAGCAAGCUCUGUUGGCAGCCAUCAGCGAAAAGGAUGCUAACAUUGCCCUGCUAGAACUUUCUGCCUCCAAGAAGAAGACGAGUCAAGAGGAGGUGAUGGCCUUGAAAAGAGAAAAGGACAGACUCAUGUAUCAGCUCAAGCAGCAGACACAAAGCAGAAUGAAGCUCAUCGCCGAGAACUAUGAAGAUGGACACCUUCAUCCCCACCACCCUCAUCAUCCUCACCACGGUCAUCCAGGAUACACACACCACCGCGCCCCGCCGAGAGGACCACCGCCACACACCAAUCAUCGAGCCCAGCUAGAGCAGGAUGAUGAAGAGGGCAUCUGGGCAUGACUGUUGCCAAGGCAAUCAAUGCUGCUGUCACGUUCAAAAGGGAGGUGUAAAGCUGAACACACAUCUAUCACUCUGCACUUGCUAGGCCUGCAUCUCUGUGAGGAGAGUCUUCAUCUUUAACCCACUCAAAGGAAGAGGAGGAGAGAGGGAGAAAGGAGGAAAAAGAAAGACAGGAGAGAGUGAUAAGCUCUCUGGCUAGAAGGCAGUGGGCAGAAGAUUAUGACUGGCAACUUCUCCUCGUCGCGGCAGGGUGCUCCCUCUCUCUGAAGAUCCUCAUCUCCAGUUACACCACAGAUUGACCUUACUGGAAGUUCCAUUGUAUUAUGCUCUCACCGUAAAGCCUAAAGCAACCCGAAAACCUUACCCGUAUCACCACGGUGCAGCACCAUCCACUGCAGACUCCCUGUGGAUAAAACUAUUUGUGUUUCUCAUGAAUCCAUGGAGAUAUCCAUGAUAUGUUAUCAUUUUAAACCUUUGCCUGCCCUCUUGUCUGCCUUAAAAUGUUUAAAAUGAAAGAAGUAUAAUGUAAUGUUGAAUAUGUCUGAAAUGUACAAAACAAAUCUGCCUACUAGGGUAAUAUUUAAAGGCAGUUAGAAUUUUAUACAGCAAAUUUACACUGAGAUUAUAUUUAAGGUGUUUUAAUUUUUCCUGUAUAGAUGAGACAUUUAUUUUGUUCUGAAAGCAACCAUAUUAAGGUUCCUAUAUGUAACAUGCACUCAUCGAAGACUUUAUUAGGAACAUCUAUACAUCUAUAUAAAAUUGUAAAAAAUGCAAUUCAUAAAAUCUUACAGAUACAGAAUAAGAGCUUGCAAUAAUGAUCACUUCAGAUAAUGAUCACAUUCAUUUUGAGGGUGGCAUGAUUGUUAUUGCCACAUAGGCUGCUUUAAUUGUUCACCUGCUGAGAUUUUAAGCUCAACAAUCUCUAGGGUUUAUUUAGAAUGGUGUAAUAAAGAAAACACAUCCAUCAAUCUGCAGUUCUGCUAAUGGAAAUGCCAUAUUGUUGAGAGAAAGGUUGAGGAAAAAUGUACAAUUAACAACAGUUAAUGUAAAAAAAUAUACAGCCUGGACUGAAGAUUCUAUUGAUUCUUCUGAUUUCUACUGAGGCCCAUGAAGUAGGCUCAGAAUGUGAUGCAAACAUCAUGAAUCCAUGUACCCAACCUGCCUCAUGUUCACAGUUCACUCUGUGUGUAAUGAGGUAGAGACUUUUGGGGACUUUGGACUCUGUUAAUACUAGUCACUCACUUCUUGAAUACUAGUGGCUAGUUGAGACCAUUGCAUCCCUUAAUAGUCACAAUUUAUUCAUCCCCAUUCAUAACAGCUAAUAAAAUCUCUGCUGGUUCACAGUUGUCACACAUUCAAACAACUCAGAAUUCUACUUAUGAAAAACAUGUCAAGUUUAAAUUGGGCUCGGGCUCAUGACAACAGUUUAUGGGUUGGGUCAGGGCGGGCUCGGACAGAAGAUGCACGGUCAGGGUUGGGUUGGAUACUUUAGGCCUGAUCUGAGCUCUAACUGCUACUACCAGAUUUCAUGAAUGUGAAAAAAAGUUUAGGGCCCUAUUUUAGCUAUCUAUAGUCAAUUGCAGAUUUUUUGUAUCGUGAGGGUGCAAAAAGUAUGCCUUGCACUGUUUGAAAUGCACAAAAGGCAUGUAAUAAUUUUCUUAAUUAAUUAUGAUUGUGUGCUGAGAUGUGAAAUAAACCAAUUAGUGUGCCGGUUGUCAUUACCUUGACUUUGGCAGAGGCACAAGGCCUAAAAGUAGACUGUUGAUGGGGUGUAAGGUAGCAAAGAGCAUUGCCUUUGAGGUUUGAGUUUAUGUUGCCCAAGAUUAAAUUUUACAUUUAAAAGUUUGUAGAUUAUAGUGUUCCUAAAAAACUCCUAUGAUUGAUUAAUUUACUCUAAUUUACCAUAUCAUGUCAUAUCAUAUCUACAUAUUUAAAUGCUGCCUUUUAAGAUAGAAGAUCUGCCUUGCGACUGCAACAGGGUAUCAGGCUCUUGCCAUCAGCUGCUGGAGCCCUGAGAGAGCACAAUUGGCCUUGCUCUCUCUGGGUGGGUAGAGUAGAUGGCACUCUUUCUCCUCAUCACUGCUAGAGUGAUGUUGAUCAGCACAAGGCUGCAUCUGUGAGCUGAUGUAUCAGAACCGAGUCGCUACACUUUCCUCCAAGCGCGCUGUGAUGCUAUUCAGCAAUGCUAUAGCAAUCAGCAGCAGUUUGAAAAGAGGCGGUGAUUGACUUCACAUGUUCCUGAGGAGGCAUGUGCUAGUCUUCACAGUCCUGAUGUUGUGGCAUCACUAGUGAUUGGGGGAUAUACUGCUGAGUAGCAGCUAAAUGGGUGUAACAAUUUGCCUAGCUAAAUUAUUACGGGAAAAAAAUCACGGCGGUUGCUUUCAGUUUUGUCAUUCAAUAUUUUUUAAUGCAAAAGGUUUAAGGUGGUUUAAAGUUCUAUCCAUCUUACUUCAUAUUUAAUUGAUUAAUUUUAUGGCAGCAUAUUUUUCCUGGAAUUAUCGAUAUCCUGUCUUUUCUAUGUAUUCUCCUCCAUACCUCCAUUGCAGUCUUAGAAGCUACAGCAACACAGAAGACUCCCUCACUCCUCACUACUUCUCACUACUUCUCACUACUUCUCAUUACUUCUCACUUGUGGAAACACUCACGAGUGCAUUGUCUUCUUCACACGAGUCAGCAUGGACAUGUGCUCUAGCUUUCGGAGGAAAAAAUACAUCUUGAGCAGAUAGAAAAAGACUCCUACUCUUCUUCAGUGCCUAUGAGAAGCUGCCUGUAUCAGUAAUACAUCUGUUUGUGUGUGUUUGAGUAUGUGUGUGUGUGUGUGUGUGUGUGUGUAUGUGUGCUUGUCUACUUUUGGAUUUUCUUUUAGAAUUUUAUGAACAAGAACAAAAAAUGAGACAUCUAUUGUACACAUCUAUUCUUUGUUGAAGCAUCAAUGGUCACCUCUGUGUUCUCCUCUGACAGUGACGUGUUGUACACUUUCCAGAACCCCCUCGAAGGAAACCGGUCUUUAACUGCUUUGUAAUGAGCGCAAUGACUUCCUAAAACACUGACCAGAGCCUUGAACUUCGACCUUUGGAUGUAACGUGUCGAACAGUCUAUACUUGAAGCCAAAAUUGGCUCUGAGGACCAGCUUGAAGAUAAAGUUUAAAAAGGAAGGAAAUCGUAAAACACGGCAUCUUGUUUUUUCACACUAUGUGCCAAAAAUGAGUCUCUUUUGAUUGUGUCAGUUUUUGAUUUUAGUGAGUUUGAUUUUGUGCAUUAGAGUAGAAGAAGUCAUUGGAAUUGGCCUGUUCUCAAAUGAGAAAAGUGUGCUUAAAAUGCUUUGACUCAUGAUCUCUAAAAUGGAUUGAAUAUAACUUAUAUAUUUAUUGGGUAAAGUAAACCACUUGUUUUGGGCUCAUAUCUGCAGUGGUUUAUAAACCUGUACAAUUGCAUCAUUUCUUUUUGAUCAUUUCAUUGUAAUUCAACAAAAAAUGACUUUUUUUUUCUUCAGAAAACUAACAUGAGUUUAAAACAAAAAUCCAUCUGCAUUCACAGAAACAAAUUUGAGUUGGAGUAGAGAAUGCUUUAGGAAUCACAGUUAUUCAAUAAUGUUGACUAUUGAACAUGGUGGUGUGACUAAAAAGCACAAAAUUCCUCUUCUGUGUAUAAACAUACUACAUAAGAUCUGUGUUUACUUGUUAAAGCUCUAUUGAAAACAAUUAAUAAAUUGUAGUGUCCAAAUUUUCCCAGAUAAAUUACAGGUGCAAAUUGAUAAAUUACAGGUACAACUUGAUCAAUUACAGGUGCAAAUUGAAUAUCAUUAAAAAGUUACUUUAUUUCAGUAAUUCAGUUCAAAAUGUGAAACUCUGCACUAUCUAUUUUAAGCUUUUAUUUCUCAAGAGUAAGUCUUUCAGAAAAUUUGAAUAUUAUAAAAGAUCAAUUGGUACUUUUGGCAGUGUGGGCAGUGUGCCAAAUACUGCUGGAAAAUGAAAUCCACAUCUCCAUAAAAGUUGUCAGUAGCAGAGGGAAGCAUGAAGUGCUGUAAGAUUUUGUGGGAAAACAAAACUGCACUGACUUUAGACAUGAUAAUAAAACACAGUGGAUCAACACCAGCAGAUGACAUGUCUCUUUAUCCAAACCAUCACUGAUUGGUGGAAUCUUCACACUAGACCUCAAGCAGUUUGGACUGUGUGUCUCUCCACUCUUCCUCCAGACUCUGAUCCCUUGAUUCAAAAAUAUAAUGUAAAAUUUACUGAUGAUCAGUGAUGGUUUGGAGAGACAUGUGAUCUGAUCAAAACGUGGGCUGGUUCGCUAAAAAGUAGCACGGAAAUAACCAGUUUAAGUUCUUUUGGUGAAAAAGCUCUAUCACAGAAAGCAGAGGACCAGGUGGGAGUCUGAAACGAUUUAAAAAAGAAAGUUUGCUUGAAGUAUUAAAAAUACUACCUUGCUGUAAAUUAAAAUAAGAAGAAAAUUGAGAUUGAAAACAAAUUCUUCCAUUUCUAGCAAUUAAUGAAAGCAAAUAAACGCCACCUUCUAUUCUUUACUAUUCAUCUUUAGAAAUCAGUACACUCAUUGCCCCAACAACUGCAUUUAAACUGCAGAGCCGUCAGUAUAUCAGUAAAUCACUGAUGAUGUGAUGUGAAAUCCCAUUCAUUAUCUGGAAUCUGAACUUCGUGCAUUCUUGCUCCCAUUUUAAAAAAAAAUUCUUAAUAAAAUGGCAAACGAGCUGUAACAUUGUCAUGUUUACAGAAUGGUGAUAUUGAUGUAAAACACUGUGUUGCACUCUUUUUUCAUGCUCUGUAUGUUGUUGUUUUGGGUUAUUUGUUUGUGUUUUUUGUAUUGUUUUGCUUACUUUUUACUUCUUUUUUUGUCGGUUUCUUGUGAUAUUCAUCUGUUUUGUACAGACUGUUCAUUGCGAAAGCUGUCUGUAGGAUUUUGUUGGUGUUGUUUUUUGUUUAUCUGUCUGUCUGUCUGCUGCUCAGUAAGUUGCUUGUUUGUUUGUUUGUUCAUUCAUAUAUUAAUUUAUUUACUUUAACAAUCUUUUUUAUUAUUGUUGUUUAAACAAAGCAAUGCUUGACUGCAGGGUUUCAUCCUGGUUGUUGCAACAACAGGAAGGUAUAAUGUUAUGUGUGUGUGUGUGUGUGUGUGUGUGUGUGUUGUGGACAGUGAUGUGUGUGUGUGUAAGUUUGUGAGGUUGUGAUGCUCACAGAGCUGCACGGCAAAUAAUCACUCCUGACUGUUUUGCAGUGGCCAGAUUGUCUCUGUGCAUUAAAAUUAUUUUCUCUUGCCUGGA